UCUGAAAUGUCAUGUGUCAUGUCGAAAUUUGGCAACUUGUCAACAAAUCACGUAUCAUAACAUUUUAUUUUUUCAAUUCGUGUUGAGUCAGUCAGGGUUAAACAUUGAUUGUCUGAAUAGUAUUCUUUUGUGCUCAUUGUUUACAAAAAUACUGAAUAAAUAACUCCAAAAUGCGUCUUCCAGUUAAAGUAAUUUCAUUAUUUUUACCAUUAAUAUCUACAAUUUUAGCCCAUGAUGAUGUGUACUCGGUAAAAUACACGACAGAGAAUUUUUCUCAAGAAAUAGGGAAGAAAAAUCAUUUUGUCAUGUUUUACGCACCAUGGUGCGGGCAUUGCCAAAAAUUUGCUCCAAAAUGGGAACAAUUGGCUGAAAUGUUGAACGAAGACGAGAGUAAUAAUAUAAAAAUAGCCAAGGUAGAUUGUACAACAGACAGCGAUGUAUGCUCAGAACAAGAUAUAACUGGAUAUCCUACUCUUAAAUUUUACAAAGUAGGAGAGCCUGAAGGUGUCAGAUUCCGGGGUACACGAGAUCUACCUUCAAUAACCACUUUUAUCAAUGAACAAUUGAGAGAGGGUGAUGACUUGCCAACAGAAGAAUUAAAAGAACCACAGGCUGUGGGUGGCUUAAUGGAGCUUAAUGAAGAUAAUUUUGAAAAGCACGUUUCAAAAGGAAAACACUUUAUUAAGUUCUAUGCACCAUGGUGUGGACACUGUCAGAAAUUAGCCCCAACUUGGGAACAACUAGCAAAAACUUUAGAAUUUGAAACUGAUGUUACUAUAGGAAAAGUAGAUUGUACCCAACAUAGAACUAUUUGCAAUAAUUUUGAGGUUAAAGGAUAUCCAACUUUAUUGUGGAUCGAAAAUGGAGCAAAGGUUGAUAAGUACCAAGGAGAACGCAGUCACAACGAUCUAAAACAGUAUGUCAACAAAAUGCUUGGUUCACAAAAAACUGAGACAAAAGAAGAACCCCAAUCGUCAGGCUCUCAACUUCCUUCUGGUGAAAUAACCGAAGAGGUCUUUAAAGUCAGCAUCCAAUCAGGUGUAGCCUUCGUUAAAUUCUACGCCCCCUGGUGUGGGCACUGUAAACGACUUUCUUCAACUUGGGAUAAUUUAAGAGAUAAAUUCUCUGGAAAUAAUGGAGUGAAGAUCCUAAAAGUCGAUUGCACUUUAGAAGCCAAUAAACAAUUGUGUAAUGAUGAAGAAGUAGAGGGUUUUCCAAGUCUCUUUUUGUACAAAGAAGGGGAAAAAAUUUCUGAAUACAGUGGUAGCAGAAGUUUGGAGGAUUUGUAUGACUUUGUUUCUAAGCAUUCAAUUCAUGAUGAAUUGUAA